GGCACGCCCCGCUAACGUAAGCGUUGUUAGUAGGAAGAAGAAGCCGAUUCUGGAAGCCAUUACGUUGCGCACAUCAAUUGAGUAAAUCCUACUAUUGUUGCGUACAAUACGCACAAUUACCUCUCCAAAAGAGGAAUUUGUGCAAUUAUGUCAUCGGCCGCGAAAAAGCGAAAAAUGAAUUUCUCGGAGAGAGAGGUGGAAAUUAUUGUGGAGGAAAUAGAGAAACAAAAGCACACACUGGUUAACCACUUCAAUGCUGGAGUCACCCACAUGGCAAAGAAUAACGCGUGGGUGGAUAUCCUGAAAAAGGUAAACGCUGUCACUACCUGUCCCAGAGAGUUGCCCGAGGUGAAAAAGAAGUGGUCUGACAUGAAGACGGAGGUCCGGCGGAAAGUGGCCCAGGCUCGGGCUGCCAUAGAGGGAACCUCCGCUGACUGCACUCCAGUUCCCGUCAUCCUCACUGCUAUGCAGCAGAGGAUCUGUAACCUCCUGGGGGAGGCAACCAUCAUCAGUUUACCUGCAGGAGACUCGGAUGCUGAGAUAACUUUACCUGUGACAGUGAACACCGCCACCACCGUCACACUAGCAGAGACUCUUCCCGCUGACUCGGGUACAGUCUGCGAUGAAGCAAAGCCACUGAAUGCUGAAACAACUUACCACACCCUGGAGGAUGGAGGCGUGGUUGAGUACUGCACCACCACUGUCAGCGACUCCACUCCCACUGUGGUGGCUGGCAUUGAGGCUCCAGUCGAGAUGCUGCCCUCAUCCUCAGCUUCCCCCCUUCCGCCUCAGGGUCAGGCUAAACCUCAGGAGCUGAAGAGCCGCAUCGCCCUCAACUCAGCCCGCCUGCUGCAGGAGCAAAGAGUCACCAACGUCCACAUCCGACAGAUCGCCCAGCACCUGGAGGGCCAGAACGAACUUCUGCAGAUAAUGCGACGCUCCCAGGAAGCUCAGGCAUUUGCCCAGGAAAGACAGGCCCAGGCCCUGGAAGGUACCCAGGCUGCCCUGCUGGCACUAGUGCAGAUGCUCAGGCCCGCUCUCAAAGACCUGCGCAAAUUCCUUCAGAGUGGGAAUGAAGUCGCUAACCCCAGCAGCGCAGCAGCAGCAGCAGCAGUUGCAGCAGCAGUAGCAGCAGCAGCAACAGCUGACGGGGCAGGAACAGAGGAGCAGAGCAGGCCCAAAACACCUCCACCUCCUCCACAGCACGCCGAGGAGGCACAAUAGAGUGUGUGUGAGGUGUGUGUGAGGUGUGUGUGAGGUGUGUGAGGUGUGUGUGUGUGUGUGUGUGUGCACAGAUUUCAGAAAACAAUGAAAAGCUUGUCUCCUUGGGGCGAGCAUGUACAGAAUUUUACUUAUGUUUUAUGAUUAAGAAAAACAGUCACAAAAGCAGUGAAAAGAUUAUCGUGAACAUAUUUUUUACUUUUUACCGUCUGUUAUUAAAUAGCAGUGAGUUUAUGUUAUUUAAUACAUUGGAUUUGAUAGUGAAAUUGUGUUUUUAAUGCAAAGCUGCAGACAGUCAUCCCCCUGAUGUGGGCUGAACAUUGAACUCUUAGUUUCUUCAGGUCACCCUGCAGUUUACCCUGAAUGGAGAAUAACCUGUGUUAUUGUUAAGACCAAAGUCAGCAGGUCUUCCGUUAGUGUGCACAAUGCCUUCAGAACUGAGUCAAAUCUGAAGGAAAAUCCUCAGCCUGUGUUUUGCCUCCAGGGUGCAUCACUACUAAUCAACCAGAAGAGGUCAGUGUGUGUGUAAGCAAGUUCCAUCACUGGUGGAGCAGCGGUGUAGUUUAAGUCAUCUAUAAAUUGUGAAGAAAUCUUUGGAAUGUGUAAAAUUAUUUGUCUUUCAUUUGGAAUAUCAGUCAUAUACUUGUUUUUUGUUAGUGUUAGUACGUGACUAAUAGUAAGGUACUUCUGCCAACAACAACCUAAAGACAUCCCUGUUACUUAAGCUGAUUUAGUUUCACCAUGUUACAGUUCACUGUUGUCCGUAGUAUUUUAUUAGAAUUUAGAAUGAAACAAUCAUGGUUAAAAACAGUUGUGUCAAACAAAUGAAAUGGAAAUGUUUUUGAGCUUUACACCCUCUUGGAUGUUAAAAAGUCGAUGGGCACAUGGACCGUAAGUCAAACAUAUUCAAAAGAAAAUAACUAUAAGGGAUCUUAAUAUGGAGGAAAGUUAAUCUGUUAAUCCAUUGGCUAACAGCGCCUCAUUUGAAGAGAACUAACACCAUGUCCUCCAUCAGACUGCUCUGCUAUUGUUUUUGGUCUUUCUUGGCAUGUGCUCCUCUCACUGCAACCUGCGUGAGCUGGUGAACAUAGUGGAGCAUUCAGCAGCUAAAGAGCCAGAUAUUUUUUUAUAUAUAUAUAUAUAUAUAUAUACUUAAUGUAUUUGGGGUUGUGUUUCAGGCGACCUGAUUAAUGUUUUUGUCUCCACCAGCUCCUGAUGGAACUAUCUGCUCUUUAGCUGCUCUUUUUGUUUGUUUGUCUUGAGUCAGCUGAGUGAUAAUUCAGUCAUUAGUAAAGUCAGAUUUAUUGAAAUUUU